CUAAUUUAAGACAAAUGCAUUUUACUCUGUACAGAUUUUUGAACACUACUAGCAGACUAUCAAACGUUGUGAAUGGAAGAUGGACUACAACACAUUAUUUACAAAAGCCGAGAGAAAAGGACGAAAGAUGGAAGGAUGUGGACAUGGAACGUGUUCAGGAUGAUUUUGACGUUGUAAUUGUGGGAGGAGGGCCUGGUGGAUUAUCUGCUGCUAUAAGACUAAAGCAAUUGGCAGCUGAAAAGGAAAAAGAAGUCAGGGUUUGUGUUGUUGAAAAAGCUCCAGAAAUUGGUUCCCACACUCUUAGCGGUGCUAUUAUCGAACCACAUGGUCUAAACAAACUUUUUCCAAAUUGGCGCGAAAUGGAAGAUUGUCCAGUGAAGCAACCUGUUGUAAAAGAUUCGUUUGGGAUUUUGACUAAAAAUGGGCGGAUAAACUUGCCUUUGCUUCCAGGCUUCCCUUUAAAAAAUCAUGGAAAUUACAUUGUUAGACUAGGUCAUGUAGUUCGGUGGUUAGGUGAACGUGCAGAAGAAUUAGGUGUUGAGGUUUUUCCAGGAAUACCUGCUCAAGAAUUGUUAUACAAUGAAGACCAGAGUGCUGUUGUUGGAGUUGCUACAGCCGAUAUGGGGAUUGCUAAAGAUGGAAGUCCAAAGGAUAGUUUUCAACGUGGAAUGGAAUUGAGAGCUAAAUGCACAAUUUUGGCUGAAGGCUGCCGCGGUCACUUAACUCGUUCUUUACUACCUAAAUUCGAUUUGUCCAAAGGCCGUGAGCCAAUGACAUAUGGUAUUGGUAUUAAAGAGUUAUGGGAAGUAGAACCGUCAAAACACCGGCCUGGUUAUGCAGAACAUACAAUUGGUUGGCCUUUGAAACGAGAUGAAUAUGGAGGUUCUUUUCUAUAUCACAUCGAGGACAAUGGACAGCCUCUUGUUUCAAUUGGUUUUGUUCUUGGAUUAGACUACAAAAAUCCAUACUUGAAUCCAUUUAAAGUUUUAAUAUUUUUAGUAAUAAUUUUAACAAAAAAUAUUUUUCAGACUUUUCAAUUAUAUAAAACCCAUCCUUCAAUUCGAAAGCAUUUGGAAGGUGGAAAAAGAAUUGGUUAUGGGGCUAGAGCAUUAAAUGAAGGAGGAUAUCAAUCAGUUCCAAAAGUUGUAUUUCCUGGUGGUUGUUUAAUUGGAUGUUCAGCAUCUUUACUUAAUGUUGCAAAAAUAAAAGGAACACAUAAUGCAAUGCUUAGUGGUUGUUUGGCUGCAGAAACAAUUUUUGAAGAAAUUGAAAAUUCUGGGGAGAAUGUUCAAACUAUAACCCCAACAAAAUAUGAAAAAGAAUUAGCAGAAUCAUCUGUAAUGAAAGAACUACGUCAAUCUAGAAAUGUUCGACCAUCUUUUGGAACUUCUUUGGGAUUGUGGGGUGGAUUAGCUUAUACGGGGACUUUCUUUGCUUUAGGUCGAGGAAUAGAGCCUUGGACUUUGAAACAUGGACAUAAAGAUAAUGAGAGUAUUGAACUAAAACAAAAACAUAAACAAAUAGAAUAUCCAAAACCGGAUGGAAAAAUUACUUUUGACCUCCUUUCUUCUGUUCAUUUAACUGGUACAAAUCAUGAAGAAGACCAACCUGCACAUUUAACGCUUAAAGAUGAUACAAUUCCUGAAGAUGUAAAUUUACAGCUUUAUGAUGGACCAGAAGGAAAAUAUUGUCCAGCUGGUGUUUACGAAUUUGUACAAAAAGAAGGCGGAAAAGAAGGUGAAAUGCGUUUACAAAUAAAUGCUCAAAAUUGUAUUCACUGCAAAACUUGUGACAUAAAGGAUCCUCUACAGAAUAUUUAUUGGGUAGCGCCGGAAGGAGGUAGAACAAAUUUUUUAAUUAAAAUUUUGAUUAAAAAAUUUGUAGGAGGUCCAAAAUAUGAUGGAUUGUAA